AUGACCAAAAUCCUGGAGACUUCAACUCUUUCGCAUGACGUCAUCGAUAAGGAACAAGCCGCACGGACGGUUCAGAGAAUCUAUCGCGGUCAUCGAACGCGGCGAGAGUUGCGUGGACUCGGUUUAGCUGCUUCCACCCGAUGGGUUGAGGCCUUCCGAGAAGCCCAGUGGCAGCAACUCCAUCGACCUCCAGAACCUCGCGUGGCACCCGGCAAUGAUGGCUUCAACCAAGCUCGUCGAAACUGGCAACGAGCGGUUAGUGUCGCUAGGCGCGUCGGCGGAGACGAUCGUGUAUCGGAAGUUUCACCUUCCACGACGAAUCGAUCAGAGCAUAACACAGAGAUGGCAUCGGGUGCUACGGCAAAGAUGAUGGACCUUCAAUACUUUCUCGAAAUGGUCGACCUCAAACAUCGACAUGGAAGCAAUCUGCGCUCGUACCACACGUAUUGGCGGAAUUCAUCAUCUAACGAGAACUUCUUCUAUUGGUUGGACUAUGGCGAUGGAAAAAACAUUGAGCUUCCACAAUGUUCACGAGAAAGACUCGAGAAAGAACAAGUCCGCUAUCUCACUCGUGAAGAACGUUUGAAUUACAUGGUGAUGGUAGAUGAGACUGGGCUCUUCCGCUGGGCUAAAAACAAUGAGCCAGUGUGGACAAAUACGGCACGUUUCAAAGAUAGUCUCCAGGGGAUUGUGGGGAUCGAGGAUGAUGUGCCUCAAUUCAGUGGGAACUCCACAAUUCUACAACCAGAUUCCGCCUGGGACUCAUCACCGUCAACGUCAUGUUCAUCAUCAUCAAUAUCAACAUCUGCAAGACAAAGUUUUGACCUAAUCCCAAAUCAAGAUCCGAAGCAUUUCACCGAUGAGGAGUACAAAGCCACGAACACGAUGAAAAACCUGGUACACGCCAGCCCCGCUGCUGCAUUUAAGCGACUUUUGGGCAAGUCCUCAGAGAAAGAAGAAACGUGGCUAUUCGUUGCAGAUACCUCUUUUCGUUUGUACAUUGGCAUAAAGAAAUCAGGUGCCUUCCAGCAUUCAUCUUUUCUUCGAGGUGCCCGUAUCGCAGCAGCUGGAAUGAUCAAGAUCAAACACGGCCAACUUCGAAGCCUGGCACCACUCAGUGGUCAUUAUCGCCCUCCAGCUGCUAAUUUUAGAGCAUUCCAUCAUGUCCUACAGCAACAAGGCGUUGAUAUGUCCCAUGUUUCAAUGAGCAAGUCUUACAUCAUGCUCGCUGGAAUUGAAGGUUAUACCAAAACAAAACGAAAGGCGCGUGCUGUACAUGAGAAGGUCGACACUUCCAAGCAAAAGUUUCAUCAAUCCCAAGAAUGA